GGGCGGCGGCGGCGGGCGGCCUGCGCGGGGCCGUAGCGCGGCGGGGCGGACGCUCCCCACCCGGCGUCGCGGGGGGCGGCAACGCGGCCAUGGCCAAGGAGCGGCGGAAGGCCGUGCUGGAGCUGCUGCAGCGGCCGGCGAACGCGCGCUGCGCGGACUGCGGCGCCCCGGAUCCUGACUGGGCCUCAUACACCCUAGGGGUGUUCAUCUGUCUGAGCUGCUCUGGAAUUCACCGGAACAUCCCUCAGGUCAGCAAGGUGAAGUCCGUCCGCCUGGACGCCUGGGAGGAUGCCCAAGUGGAGUUCAUGACCUCCCGCGGAAACCAUGUCGCCAGAGCCACAUUCGAGUCCAAAGUGCCCCCCUUCUACUACCGGCCCUCGGCCUCCGACUGCCAACUCCUGCGGGAACAGUGGAUCCGGGCCAAGUACGAACGGCAGGAGUUCACCCACCCCGAGCGUCAGGAGCCCUACUCUGCAGGGUACCGAGAAGGCUUUCUCUGGAAGCGCGGCCGGGACAACGGGCAGUUCUUAAGCCGGAAGUUUGUGCUGACGGAACGCGAGGGGGCCCUCAAGUAUUUCAACAGAAGUGACGCCAAGGAGCCCAAGGCCAUCAUGAAGAUCGAGCAUCUGAAUGCCACCUUCCAGCCGGCCAAGAUCGGUCACCCGCAUGGCCUGCAGGUCACCUACCUGAAAGACAACAGUACUCGAAACAUCUUCGUCUACCACGAGGACGGCAAGGAGAUGGUGGACUGGUUCAACGCGCUCCGUGCUGCCCGCUUCCACUACCUGCAGGUGGCCUUCCCAGGGGCCAGCGACGCGGACCUGGUGCCGAAGCUGUCCCGGAACUACCUUCAGGAAGGCUACAUGGAGAAGACGGGGCCCAAGCAGACGGAAGGCUUCCGCAAGCGCUGGUUCACCAUGGACGACCGGAGGCUCAUGUACUUCAAGGACCCCCUGGACGCCUUCGCUCGCGGGGAGGUCUUCAUCGGCAGCAGGGAGAGUGGCUACACGGUGCUGGACGGGCUCCCGCCGUCCACCCAGGGCCACCACUGGCCGCACGGCAUCACCAUCGUCACGCCAGAGCGCCGGUUCCUACUAGCCUGCGAAACGGAGUCAGAGCAGCGGGCGUGGAUGGAGGCCUUCCGGAAGGUGGUGGACAGGCCCAUGCUGCCCCAGGAGUACGCAGUGGAAGCCCACUUCAAGCACAAACCCUAGCACGAGACGGUCCUGGAGGCCUGAGGACUCCGGACUCACCAGACGUGGCAGGCGAGGCGGUGGCGGCGGCCGGCGGAAGGAGGGACCCGGCAGCCCCCGACGUGGCCAGGUGGGGCCUGAGCUUUAGCCGCUAGGACCUGUUUCUUUGGAACACCACUGGGAGCCGGCCCGGCCUGACCCCGCCGUGCUGCUGCCCCCGGUGUGACGCCCACGGCCCCCCACUCGCCUCCCCGCCCGCCAGACCACCUCCUCUGAGGCCCCCCCAGCUGCCGCCACCCACCUCCGCGGGACCCCACCCCUGACCAGGAGGCCGGGCUGCGGGGACAGAGGACCCGCCUGCAUGCCCCCAACCCCGCCGUGUCCCCUCACUCCCCCCACCCUCCCCCAACAAGUAUUUAUUGAACAUCCGCUGUCAGUUGUGGGGUCCCGGGGGCUGGCGUGGCAGACAGGGCCUGGCUCCCUCAGCAAGCCGACCCGCGUGUCCGCGGGGGUCCCGGAGGUCAGAGGCCCCGACAGCUGGAGCCCCCCGGGCCUGGGCCACAGGGCUGGCUGCACCCACCCCCGCCCCCAGCCUGGGCACUUCCCACGCCGGCUCCGGACUCAGCGCUGACAUGACCCGCCCUCCGCCUGCCCUCACGGUCUUCGAACCCUUGGAGGAUGGAGGCCCGGGUCGCCGCCCGGACCCCAGCGUGCCGCUCGCCGGUGGUUACCGCCACCGUGCCUCUCCCCGGGUGCCCUGGGGGGAUGGGGGACAUCUGUGAGAACAUACUUGGGGGAGGAGGUGAGGGAGGGAAGGAACCCUGUGUGGUGGAGAACUUGGGGGCAGGAUGUGCAUGGGGGUCCCGUCUCCCCAGGAAAUCAGUGUGUAGUUGAGGGCAUCACCUGCUGGGUUAUCUGGGCGGCGUCCUGUGUGGCUGAGAUGUGCUCCCAGGGGAGCCCUGGUCCAGCUGUUGGGACCAGGAGAGGGGCCCUGAGCCAGGGUGUCCCCCCCCACGUCACAUCUUGGAAUAAAGUGGGGGCUCUGGGCCCCCAGGAGGACCUGCCAGGAAAGGGACACCCCCAGGAGAGGGGCACGCAAGGGCCUCGGCCCGGCUGUGGGCGACACCCAAGGGAAUGAGGGAAGGCACCCUUCCUCUGAGCCCCCAUCAUCAUCUCCCCUCACAUCUGAGCGAGCGCCCACAGCUCAGACCCAUCGUGCACCUGGAUUCUGAGCAGGGACUGCAGGGUAAAAGGGGGAGCACAAGGCCCCUCUCCCC